AUGGACGUGGAGGCAGAUCUAAGCCGUCUGCGCGAUGCAGCAGUUCAGCAGCAAAUACGUCUAUGGCUUGCUUUAGACAAAAAUGCUCAGUCUCAACAAGAAGCAAAACGGUUGAUUAAAGAAGCUUCUGAAGAACAGCUGAAGGAGGUCUUCUGCAAACACCUAAAAUUCGGCACAGCAGGGCUAAGGGCUCAUAUGGGCGCUGGGUUUAGCAGAUUGAACGAUGUUACAAUUCAACAAGCGUCACAGGGUCUGGCAGAUUAUUUAAUUAAACGCCACGGGGCAGACAUUUGUUCAACUCGCGGAAUUAUUAUAGGCAGAGACUGCAGACAUAACUCUGAAAGAUUCUCUCAUCUUGCUGCUGCUACAUUUUUGAGUCGAGGGUUUCGGGUGUAUUUAUGCAGAAGUGCUGUACAUACACCGCUUGUAGCAUUUGGUGUUCUUCAUUUAAACUGCGUCGCGGGUAUUGUUAUUACUGCUUCACAUAACCCUAAAGAGUAUAACGGAUAUAAAGUUUAUGAUGAAAACGGCGCUCAAAUUAUCCCUCCAGUAGAUGCAGAUAUUGCUAACGCCAUUCAAAAUAAUCAGAGUCUGUGGCCGGAAGUGGAGGAAGUGUUUGACCGAUCAAAGGGUUUUAUUUUUGUUUCUGAAGACAAAGCGCAGCAGUUGGUAGACCCAACAAAAGAACUAACAGAAGAAUAUUUAUCUUCAAUAACAGCAGACUUGUGCAUGCGAAAGGAAGAAACACAAAAAUCUUCUCUUAAAGUUGUAUACACCCCAAUGCAUGGGGGUUUAGGCGUUGGGGUUAAGUGCACUAGAACUUCAGUGGAUGAACAGUGCAUCCCUGAUCCUGAUUUUUCGACUGUCUCUUUCCCAAACCCUGAAGAAGAAGGUGCAUUAAACUUAGCUAUUAAAAAAGCAGAAGAAAACAAUAUUUCUUUUGUUGUUGCUAACGAUCCCGAUGCAGACAGACUCGGCUGCGCUGAAAAAGUCAACGGAGAGUGGCAUCAGUUUACCGGGGAUGAAAUCGGCAUAAUGUUGGCUGCAUAUUUAUUAGAAGUGCGAGUGAAGCAGAAAAAAGAAAAAGCAAAGAUGCUUUUUAUUUCUUCUGUUGUCUCUUCCUCUAUGCUUAAGGCCUUUGCAGAGGCGAACGGCUGCGUAUAUCGGUGCACAGGGACAGGGUUUAAGUGGAUAGAGAACAGGGCAGCAUUGCUGCAGCAGCAGCAGAGUUUGGAGCCUGUGCUGCUAUAUGAAGAAGCUUUAGGGUUUGGGGUGUAUGCACAGACGGAAGCAAUUUAUACAAUUUCUUGCAGCAGCAGCAGCAGCAGCACGGCUUCUUUCUUUCUUGUAAUGUUAGCGUAA